GAAUGGUAGGACUAAGAGACUCAAACAUAAAUUUUUGCAGAGUAGAAGUCAUCUUCAGCUGAGACAACUUUAUUUCUCUGACACUAACAUGGCAGUUGGCCUUUGGGAUGGGUUGUUUUCUGAUGUGGUAGUGGCAGUAAUUUAAGGGAAAGCUUGAUAAAUAUUUGAACGAUAAUGGUAGGCUUUGAUCUUUUUAGUAUUUGGUUUAAUUUAACAGAUAGGACAGCCUAGGUGGACCAAGAGGUACCUUGUUGUCCUUUAAUGCUAUGUUAAAUACUUUCAUGUGUAUAUAGCCAUAUCAUUGGUUAAAACAGAAGUCUUACAGACAGUCAAAUUCAAAGCUGCAUGUUUAGGUUGAUUUACACUACAGUCUUGUGAUGUGUUUGCAGAAUAUGGAAAAUGAGUUUUAAUUUUGAGAAACUAAGUUUUGUAUAUACUGUGUUUUGUGUAUAAUGAGUUCAGCUGGCCCACCGAAGGGACGGGCUGCUAAAGACAAACCCCAAAUGCCACAGUCUCAAAAUAUAAAGUCUACUACCGAAGGAUCCAAAGCAGCAGAUGGGCUUAACCCUAAAAUACAGCCAACAGCAGAGCAGAUUAGGAUUGCCCAGAUUAUAAAUGAUGCCAACAAAAAUGAAGAUUUACAGCAUAAAGUAGAGCAGGUAAUGGAGAUAACAAAUAGAUCGAAGGAUGAUGCCAUUAUUGCUCUGCAUGACAGUGAUAAUGAUCCUGACAAAGCCAUUACUUUGCUUUUAGAAGGUGUCCAGAGUGAGGGAAAAUGGGAAACAACUGGCAAAAAGAAGAAAAACCGGCAAGUUUCAGCCCAUAAACCUGUGGAACAUCCUGUAGCAAACAACACUAGCCCAACAAACAACAAAGAAAACAGAAACAAAGGAGAAAAAAGUAGAGAUAGAGAGCCCAAGGAGCGGGAUGGAUUUCGAAAUAGAGGGCCACCUCGCUUGAGUAGGAUGGGGGGAGGAAGAAAUUGGCGUAAUAAAGAAAAUGAAAAGAAUGAGCGUAAUUUAGAAGAUGGAACGUCAGAACAUAACCGUAGACUGCGCACUGGAAGACGUGGAAGGGGCAGAGGAGGAGGAAAUCGGAGUAGAACAUUUCAGAAUCAAAAAAUGGGUGGUGGUCUUAUUGAUACUUUUCCUCAAUCGAUUGACACUUGGACCAACAUCACAGCUGAACAAGCAGAGACAGGGGGUGGAGGAGAUGCUACUAUGUCAGUUGGUAAUUGGUCUGAUAUUGCUGCAGUAGAAGAUUGGAGUGAAGAAGACUGGACAGAAAGUCUUACAGAAACAAAAGUGUUUACUCCGAGCUCAAGCAGCCACUUGUUGGUAGGGCCUGUAGAUGAUGCGACUUCUACCUUGACACACAGCUUGGAUCUGUCCACUCUUCAGAAGGAUAAUACUGGGACAGGUAGUCUGGGAAGUCCAACGGUACUUUCAUCCGGUGGUCACUCUCAACAUAUCCACCCAUCUAUGAUGACUUCUCAGAUAAACCAAUCUACCACUCAAAGUGCACCAAACCAAUUUAGCCUUAGCCAGUAUGCUCAGCAAGCAACGGAGUCUAUUAAAGCAGCAGUAGGGGUGGUAAGUAGAAACAGCAACAGUUUUUCCAGCAUAACUUCAGGAAGCAGUCCAAAUUACUCGACGUGUUUUGAGAGUCCUUCAUCUUCAGCACAGACAGGACCACUCCAAGCAGCUGUGAACCAGUCAGUUCAAUCAAAACCUGUGACACACACUCAACCUCAACCUAUUUCUUCAAGAGUCAAGCCACAAAGAAUGAGAGGACCUCAGUCUUCAAAGAUUCCAGAAACAGCGGUGGAGAUGCCAGACAAUGCUAUCAUGUCGUUGGAUGUUCAGUUUGGUGCACUGGAGUUUGGAACCGAUUCCUCACCAUUUGAUUUCACAGCAACAUCAGAGGCUCCUUCCAGUUUCAAUGGAAGUGGUGUUAGGUACAAUGUUUGUUACAAGCUGUAUUGGAAUGUGUGAUUUCUGUUCAAUAGGUGAUGCUUUUAAGACUGUUAGUUAAAAAUAAUGUUGAAGAGCUACAGGCUAUUUUUUUUAUAUAACUUUCAUUUAUAUCAAACUCUUCUCGGGUGGGAUGAUUUUCACACUUAUCUGAUGAUGAUGAUGAUGAUGAUAAUUGUAUGGAAUAGAUGUGAUGAAAGUAAGUUAUUGAACUGAAUUGAUAACAUUUUACACAUUGUUUCUCUCAGAUACUUGGAUAUUCCUAAUUGUAAUGAACUUCUGUAAUAAGUAAAACUGUUGGGUUAUUAUUAUUAUCGUGAACAAGGUCAAAGUUCAUGUAAUAGUUACAUUCAAUAUUUAAAUAACCUACUUUAUUAACAAUGUACACAAAUACACU